AUGGAACACGAAACUGGUUCCAAUUCAAGAAAUAAAGAAAAUGCUGGUAUCUAUUCACCUGAAACCAGUAUUACGAAAGAAGUGAUAAAUAAUAGCGCAGUCGGCCCUUGCGAGAAAACGGCUAUAGGUAAAAACUCAUGGGUGGACGGCAAAUUUGAUCACUUAACCCCUGCUCUUACUUUAAAUAAGGAGGAAUUGAAUUUUAUUGGAGACGAAGCACUUAAGAUUCCAUGCAAAGGUGGAAAGACAAUUAAAGCAGCUUUAGCAGAAAACCAGCACCAGGAACAUAUUGCUGAAUGUAGAGAAAACGAUUGUAAACGUGACAAGGGUGAGGGCGUCAAGAUCUGCAGGGUUUGCGGGAAGUCUUCCGUUCCACUAUCCGUCGUGACGCCGGAUGACGAUUGCUAUGUUAAUGCGGAGGAGUGCAUGCUUUAUGAGCUUACCUCUGCAGGGAAAAGUUUCUCUAUUUGUGAGACGUGUGAAGCGUCCCUAACCCAAUGUGCAAAAGGAAUUAUCAAUCACUUAACACGAUCAAAUCCACUCAAAACAAAGAACUGCCGCUGUUGCUUCACGUGUGGUACCAUAAGAGAUUUAACAGACUCAAAACUUGGUAACACAAAAGCGCACUUUGCUAUUUUGGAACGUAUCAGGCAGCGAUUUGGUUACAAAAAUGAAAAUGACAAGGUUAUCUGCAUGCCGUGUAGAGUAGGACUUCUGAAUUUGUACCGAAUUCAUUCUGCAGUGAGCAAAACAACGGAAAAGCUUAGUUAUUGUACAAAUACACCUCACGAUCUGCAAGUAAGUGAUGCUCAUUCAGCAACAAAUACGGAACACGAAACCGGUUCCAAUGCAAAAAAUGAAGGAAUUGCGGAUAUCCAUUCACUUGAAACCAGCAUUAAGAAAGAAGUGAAAUGUACACCAGUGAUAAAUAAUAGCACAGUCACCACUUGCGAGAAAAAGGUUCUAGGUAAUAAGUGUAGUAACUCAUGGGUGGAUGCCAAAUUGGAGCACUUAACUCCUGCUCUUAUUUUAAAUAAGGAGAAAUUUAAUUCUACUGGAAAGGAAGCAUUUAAGAUUUCAGACAAAGGUGGAAAGACUUUUAAAGCAGCUGAAGCAGAAAACCAGGAGAAGGAGCGUGUGACUAAAUGUGCAGAAAACGACUGUGAACAUGACAAAAGUGACGGCGUCAAGAUCUGCAGGGUUUGCGGGAAAUCUUCCGUUCCACUAUCCGUCGUGACGCCGGAUGACGAUUGCUUUUUUAAUGCGGAGGAGUGCAUGCUUUAUGAGAUUACGUCUACAGGGAAAAGCUUCUCUAUUUGUGAGACGUGUGAAUCUUUUAUAAUCCAAUGUACAAACGGAAUUAUCAAUCACUUAACGCGAUCAAAUGUUCGCAAAACAAAGAAUUGCCGCUGUUGCUUCCUGUGUGGUACCAUAAGAGAUAUAAUAGAGUGGAAACUUGGUAACACAGAGACCGACUUUGCAGUUUUGGAACGCAUAAGGCAACGAUUUGGUUACAAAAAUGAAAAUGACAAGGUUAUCUGCAUGCCGUGUAGAGUAGGAUUUCUGAAUUUGUACCGAAUUCAUUCUGCAGUGAGAAAAACCGGGAAAAAGCAUAGUUAUUGUACAAACGCACUUCACGACCCGCAAGCAAGUGACGUCCAUUCAGCAACACAUGAGAGAGACGAAAUUGGUUCCAAUUUAAAAAAUGAUCGAAUUUCGGAUAUCCAUUCUGCUAACGAUACCAAAACUAGAAAACACGUUAAAUGUACACUAAUAGAUAAUAGCACAGUUACCCCCGAAGAAGAAACGGUUGUCGGUAAGAACUCAUGCGACGGCAAGUUGGCGCAUUUGACUCCUGCUCAUACUUUAGAUGAGGAACAAUUUGAUUUUAUUGGAAACAAAGCAUUCAAGAUUCCAGGCGAAGCUGAGAAGAGCCAACACAAGAGAAAUCUUACUGAAUGUGGAGAAAACGAUAGUGAACGCGACAAAAAUAACAAAUUUUUAGAUCAGGUACAAUUUCCUGUACAGGAGAAAGUGAUACCAUCCCCUGUAACUCCAAGAAAAGGUUGCCUCAAAACUGUAAAUGCUAAUUCUGCGUAUGAUCAUUCUCCAGCGAAUCUUUCUAAAGUUGGUGAAUCGCCAAAGAGCGUGACCUGGGACGAAUCCUAUAACCGGAUAUAUUUUUAUCAUCCAGAGCCAAGUACAAGCAUGCCUCCAAAGGGCCUUGAGGAGGUAGAUUCUCUAGAAGACUCUUACACUGACUAUGAUGCGGAGGAAUCGGAUAGCUCCUAUGAGUUAAGCAGCUCUGAAGAAGAAUUUUAUUACUCGAUUGCCGGCAAAGAUAAUAGAAAUGCAAGAGUGCUCAGUAACGAAUAUAAAUCAAAGAGUAAAGGUACUCCUCAAACACAUGGAAGGCGUGCUGUUCUUAACCAACCAGUGAUAACGCCUUCUAAAUGUUGUACAGAAACGUGUCAUUUAUCUAAUACCAAUGAAGCUAAUUUUGUGACGUGGCUCAGGAAUGUGACUGAAGUAUGGAAGGAUAUAAAAAAUUGUUCAUGUUCACAUAACCAAGCCGGUGUAAGAUGCAUUCAGGAACUGAAUGCUGCAGGAGUUUCUGAAGAUAGUGAUAAUGUGACCUUAAAGUACAGAACUCAUGGACAGAAAAAAUACUUUCAUAGGUCGAAAAAACACAUAAGCUUGUGUAGGAAGCAAUCACAAACAGAUUUAGUUCAUUUAAAGGACCAAUCUUGCAACACUGACACAAACAUCUGUUCAGACGUGGACCAUUAUCAAAUGACUGGUGAUAUUGACAAUGAGAAAUAUGUUAAAAUUCCUUUAGUUAAAAGCACUCCCAACUUGUGUAGUGACACUUAUUAUUACAUAAAACCAAAUGCAAGAGAGUCUUACAAAGAAUCAGUCCAGCUAACUCAACCAGAUCCUGUACACUCUGCUCCGAAGACAAAGCAUGUUGCUGACACCGAUAAACUUUUACAUCCAACUGAAUUAAACAUCCCCCAAACAUCCACAAACCAACAUCCAAAGAUUAAAGAGCCUUUGCUAACAACUAUCUUCAGUCGCUCUGGGAAAGUAACUCACAGAGAUCGACAAAAUGGUGACAUAAAAAAUCAACUGCCUUCCGAAAUUCUUUUGGAGCCAGAAUUAAAAAACGAAGGAUUUUUAGUUAAAAAAAUCUCUCCACAAAGUACACAGUUAGAGGAUCCACUCAUUUCGAAAAGCAGUACAACUGACGCCAGGUGUAAGUCUAGGACUCAGCAGGGAAAAAGCAUGGCUAGUGGCGACAAUGAAACCCAAUGUGAUGUUCUUAUUGAGAACUCAAACCGCCAUACAAUGAACGUAUAUGAAGAUCUCGCACCGAUUCUUGAUUCAACCGAUCAAAGAGUUGAAGCUCGAACGAUUCCUGCGGAUGAUUUUAAGAAAAAAAUACAAGAACGUCAUGUAAAAGGCGAUAUUGACAUACAUCAGAAAUUGGAAAGUCUUAAAUGCAAACUAGCAUAUCCCAAAAAUGAGGGUUCAACAAUUCAAGGAAGUUGUGAAAUGGCACAAGAUACUAGUCGUGAGAUGGAAAUGGCAAAUGUAAAAGAAGGCGACGUGGAUACCAUAUCAUCUGAUUCAAACGAUCCAAAACACAAGGCUCAAAAAUUAUUCGAAGCCAUAAUAAAGAGCGGUAUUCCUGAAAACGUAGAAGAAGAAGAGACCAGCUGCGAAAUUUACUUGAAAGAGCUGUUAGCAGAAAGCCUGUCAGAGAAAGCGCCAAAUAACAAACAUAGUGACUCAAAACUUGUAACUGAGGAUACGAAGGCUGAACCAAUAUGCGAAGUUAAAGAUGACAGCCCAACAUACGCAAGCGACACAAGUUGCGAUGUUUCAUUGGAACACGAAGCUAUGCCAAACAAAAUGGAAGAAGAUAACCAGGAUGACCUGAACGCAAAGGCUCAAUCAAUCAUUUCCUUGUUGAAUAAAAUCCGGUCUUCAUCUGAUGUGGUUGUGGGUGAGUCAGGUGUGGGUGCGCCUGAUGGUAGCCAAAAUACAAAUAUUGAAAACACCAUCCAAACAUUAUAUUCGCUGGUGUGCCAAAUGCAAGCUUCCAAUAACUCCAAUGAGGAGGAGGAAUGCAGGUCUCAGACAGAAGAUUAUUCUCAGGUGGAUGAUGAUUGCACAGCAUCUCAAUGCAGCGACAUGGAUUACAGUGACGAUUUAGUAUUCCCUCACCAAACGGGUUUUCCAAAAGGUCCCAACCGUCAAUGAUCCAAUAAAAAAUUGAUGAAAAAAUCAGAUGACAAGUUUCGACUGAAAAUUUAUACCUAUUUUUUACAAAUUUGUUUAAAUUUAUUGUGAAU